UGAAUCACCUGAGCCCUUUCGCCAUGACCAUCAUGGCCUAUCCUUCCUGGAUGACGACGCUGGUUACUACCCUGAAGAUCGAUCGUCACCUGUCCCUGGCUCAGACCUUGGGCAAGUCGAAUUACCUACCCUGAGUCCUGGAGACGAAGAACAAGUUGCCAUGGCGUGUUCGCUCAAGCGCAAGGCUGAAGACAGCCUUGGUCCAAUUCAACUUGGCUCCUCGCCCGCCCGUCAGCCCUGGUACGAUGAGGCAAUCAAAGCCCGUGGUCAAUUGAACGAGAACGCAUGGUUGAGCGAUGACAGCAUGGAUUUGCUCAUCAAGCUUAUCGUGAGCGAAGCUCCCGACGCAAACCGCAAUAGCUGUCAUAUCGUCGAUACCCAGCUUAUCAAGGUCGGCGAACCUCUUCCUCCAUUCCCAGCAAAUAAGGCAGCUGGCGUCGAUGUGGUGUUGAUACCACUGUAUUUCCCUCGUCACUGGACCCUUGCCGCUGUGGACUUGACGUCUUCCACGGUCUUGUUCUACGAUCCCAUGGCUAAAGAUGGAGGAGAUGAACGCCUCCCACAUGUCCAUCGGCUCUGCCAUUGGGUUAGUCCCCAAGGAGAGGCAUUUGGAUUUCGCACAAUGGAUGGACCUCAACAAGUUAACAGCCACAGCUGUGGUUACUUCGUUCUCAACGCUAUCCGAUGGUUACUGGGGUCUCCGCUCCCAGCUUCCCUACCAGCUCACUUCGACCAGCCAAAAGAACAGCUGUUGUCGCUCCUCGAUACUGCACGCAAGGCGCCAGCCGCUUCUCCUAUCGCCCAGACCUCUGGUCACCAGCCCAGCUCUCGUCAGACUGGCGUCGCUUUGCUGAAUGCCAAACUUUAAAUAUAUGUGCGAAAGCACCCUAUCACGAUACCCCGAUGACAAAGAUGAGCAUAGCUUGAUGGAAAGGCAGGAGGAGUUAACUGGUUUGGUACACGAGGGACAGAAGGUAGUGGAUGGCUUGGUGGAGAGAGUUGAGAAUGAGCAAGGG